GUCUGGCUGUCUGUGACCCCCCCACCUCACCAUCCUCCUCCUCCCGGUGAGACUCUGUCUGGAUCAGACGGAGACACACCGACACACCGAGCUUCGGUCCCACCGACAGCAGCAGCGGAUCGCAGCCGAGCGGAGAGAGCGCCGAGUCCCGGUGACCAUGUCGGUGCUUGGCUCCGCCCCCAGCAGUGCCGACGCCUGUCUCAGCAUCGUCCACAGCCUCAUGUGUCACCGGCAGGGCGGCGAGAACGAGGGCUUUGCCAAACGCGCCAUCGAGAGUCUGGUGAAGAAGCUGAAGGAGAAGAAGGACGAGCUGGACUCGCUCAUCACCGCCGUCACCACCAACGGAGUCCACCCCAGCAAGUGUGUCACCAUCCAGAGAACACUGGACGGACGGCUGCAGGUAGCGGGCAGGAAGGGUUUCCCUCAUGUGAUCUACGCCCGUCUGUGGCGUUGGCCCGACCUCCAUAAGAAUGAACUCAAACAUGUCAAGUUCUGUCAGUUUGCCUUUGACCUCAAGUACGACAGCGUCUGUGUCAACCCCUACCACUAUGAAAGGGUGGCGUCGCCCGCCGCCGCAGGUCCUCAGUCCCUGAUCAAGGAGGAGUUCAUGCAGGACUGUCUGCAGAUCGACUUGCCCCCCCACGCGGACCCCUACAGCCAGCCCCACCCAGGCAGCAUGUAUCCCAGCAUGCCUCUGUCUCCUCCAGGUAGUGGCUCCAUCACACCUGCCGGAGGGGUCGGUGGGGGAAUGGGCGGGGCUCCUGAGGGCCCCGGGCUCCUGCAGAUUGCCUCCCCUCACGACCACGGCAACCGGACUCCCCCACCUCACCUGAACACACCCCACCCUCCUCACUCUUCAGCUGCUGCCUCCCCGCACCAGCAGAGCCCCAAGUACAACUGCCCCCCCAAACCUGUCACCUGGUCAGGUAACAGCCACGCCCCCUACAGCCCUGGAGGCCCUCAGCUCAGUGGGCGGAGCCACCAGCAGCCGGCACCGUUACAUCAUCAUCAUCACCACGCCCCCAACACACACUUCUGGUCGCAGCAUCACAGCGCUGCUCCAUAUCCUCAGCCGGUCUCCAACCAUCCAGGUCCAGAGUUCUGGUGCUCCAUCUCCUACUUUGAGUUGGACGUUCAGGUUGGUGAGAUGUUCAAGGUCCAGUCCAGCUGUCCUCUAGUGACCGUGGAUGGUUACGUGGAUCCUUCAGGUGGAGAUCGGUUCUGUUUAGGGCAACUGAGCAACGUACACCGAACUGCCGCCAGCCACCGUGCCAGGCUCCACAUCGGUCGGGGGGUGCAGCUGGAGUGUCGGGGGGAAGGUGACAUCUGGAUGCGUUGCCUUAGCGACCACUCGGUGUUUGUCCAGAGCUUCUACCUGGACCGGGAGGCGGGCCGAGCGCCAGGUGAUGGAGUUCAUAAGAUCUACCCUGGAGCUUACAUCAAGGUGUUUGACCUGCGACAGUGCCACAGACAGAUGCAGCAGCAGGCGGCAGCAGCUCAGGCAGCUGUAGAGACUCAGCCAGUUGUCGGUUCGAUUCCUGGACAGAACGGCGUUGGAGGAAUCUCACCUGCUGUCAGUGGGCACUCGGCGGCAGUUCAUCCUUCAGGUGUGCGUUCGGUGGCAGGUCUGGGCGUGGACGACCUGCGCAGGUUGUGCAUCGUGCGGCUGAGCUUCGUGAAGGGGUGGGGCUGCGACUACCCUCGGCAGAGCAUCAAGGACACGCCCUGCUGGCUGGAGGUUCACCUGCAUCGAGCGCUGCAGCUGCUCGACCAGGUGCUGCACACGCUGCCAUCACGAGAACACACACUCUGACACACACCUGUGGCAGUGCAACACCUGACACCUGUUUACUGACACCUGAUACCUGUCACUUGAUACCUGUUUACUGACAACUGAUACAUGUUUAAGGACACCCAAUACCGGACACCUGACGCCUGUUUAAGGACACCUGUCACCUGACACCCAAUACCCGACACCUGAUACUUGUUUAAGGACACCUGACACCCGACACCUGAUACCUGGUACCUAUUUUAAGACAUCUGAUACCUGACAACUGACCCCUGAUAUCAUCUAAACUGUCAGGAUUGAGAAGCUCCACCCAUGCCCUCCUCCUCACAGGAAUCAACAAACACACCGUAGCACCUCAUUGGUCGUUUUAGACAAUCAGCCAAUCGCAGCAUCUUAUCCCUCCUGUCAGUCAUAUGAGUUUCCAUGGAUACCAGCGGCCAGGAUGACAAAUUAAAGGACCAGUUCACACAAAUUAUUAUGUUGUUAUGUUGUUGUAUUAUAAUGUCAGCUCGCUGACAUUGCCCCCUGCUGGUUGGUUGCAGUGGAGGCCAUAAGCCCCGCCCCUGUACAGUUACUAGUCACUGUUAUCGAGAAAAUUAAUAAUUUGAGUGAAGUGACCCUUUAACUGCUGGAAAACAUGUUGACAAUCAGCUGUUACCAAAAACACGCCCGUCAUCACGUCUCUCCUCAUUGUUUUGUUUUGCCCUUCUCAUUUUGUGUUGGACUGUUUCCACUUUAUUUAUUUUUGUCAUCUACAAAAUCUUCGUCCCCUUUUUUUGACAUCAUAUCCUGUUUCCACUGUGAUUCCUCUCUGACCUGUCAGAUUAUUUAUUCUGUCAUCAGGUUUAUUUCUGUCUUAUAGCACAUUUUACAUUUUAACCUUUUAUACUGAGAAGAUCUAAAACUCUGUAUCAUGCUGUUUAUUCAAAUUAAACUUUUAUGAUUAAAACUAAAUAAACCAUGACUUCUGCAUCUUUGUUUCCUCCUAGUUUGUGAACAAUACACUGUAAAAUUAGAUUCUUUAUUCUGUUUUUUAUCCUUAAAAUACUUUGUUAUAAAACGUCAGACUCAGUAGCUGUUGGAAUUUUUAUUUACACAUUUUAACUGUGGUUUUAUCUUUAAUCGCCUUAAAUUUUUGUAUUUUUCAGAGUGAUAAAAUGAAAAGUCGUUAUUGUGUCAUGUGACCUGAUCCCCCAUUGUAAUGAUUAAAACAUUUUUUUAGCGUAAAUUUAAAAAGGAUCUUUUGUAAAGUAACCACAUCUGUAAAAUAAAUAUACACUGAAAAAUUUGUUUUAAACUGUUUUAUUUGUAGGGUUUUUUUGAGCAAUUUACUGUUAUUUUACAGAUAUUUCCAGUUCUUUUAAAUUACAGAUAAUAUCUUGUGUAAUCACAGAAAAAGCUCCAAUUUACAUGCUGACUGUAAAAAAUGAAAAAUCUGAAAUAAAUAUUUGUACAAAGAAUAAAUCAUAUUUUUACAAGAUGCAACUGUAAAAUUAGACUAUUUUAUUGUAUUUAGUUAAACUGCAGAUAUUUGUGGAUCUUGGCUUUUUUUAAAAAUUAUUUUUACAGUGUCUGAACAUUACAGUAUUCCACCAUCGUUAACAUAAUUUUUUUUCAUUCAUCCUUGCUUCCAGAUUUUCACCAUUAUUUCUGUCACAGUAUAGUGCAGUAAAAAAGGUAUAGUAUCUUCUAAAUAAGUAGAAACAGAAAAUAGAAAUACUAAAAGUUAAAGUACCAAAAAAGUGCAAUAAAGUACUUGAGUAAAUGUCAGAUGCUUUACUUUGGAGCAUUGGACAUUUAAGGUUUUGUUGUUUUGUGUUUUGUUGUGUUAUUUAAAAGACUUUAUUAAAGUGUGUGGACAGACAGUGCAGUUCUGCAGAAAAUCUCUUUAUUUUCUCAUUUUAUUAUGUAUUUCUGCUGCCAGAGUCAACCAGCUGCUAAUUUACACAACAAACAACUAAACCACAGAACAAUUACACAACAUAAAGCAGCACAACAUCAGGAGGACUGUCAUCAGCUCAAGUAGCUAAUUUACUGUCAAAGUGCUUUCCUGUUAAUAUUUUUAAUUUAUUUAGAGGAUUAUUUGGUUCCACCGACUCGAGUCUUCAAACAGAACUGUGCAUUGGUUUGUUGAUCCGUCAUCUGUGCACACAGAUUUUCAUGUUUCAUAUUUUGUCCACCAUGUGACUGCUGAUGUUCCAUAAUAAAGCUAUUUGAUUGUUA